UCCAAAGAGCAGAUGAUGGUGAUCACAGUGUGUGGGCCGGGUGGCUCCGGCAAAACAACUCUUGUCAAACGUUUGUACAGCAACAUUCAAAAAGAGAAGAGCAUAGAAUGCUACGCUUGGGUUUUUGUGACUCAGACCUUCAAAUUUGAAGCUGCUUUAAGGCAAAUGGCCCAAGGGCUUUACCGCAGUGUGGGAGAUAAACCUCCAGGAGACAUUGACAACAUGGUAGUUGAUCGGCUUCGAGAGCUGCUCAUCAACUUCUUGCAGGACAGAAGGUACGUUCUUAUCCUCGAUGAUGUCUGGGAUCGAGAGGUCUUGGAAAAAAUCCAAACAGUACUUCCAUCAAACAGUAGGUCUGCAAUUAUCAUCACCACCCGUGACGAAACUGUAGAUUCUAAAUCUCUUCUAGAGGGUAGAUGCCUUUUCAAGGUUGAUCCUCUAGAUCAUACAAUGGCUUGGGAUCUCUUCUGCAAAGUGGCUUUUCGGGGUGCCGAGCCCAAAGGACGGUGA